GUUAUUACUAGAGAAAAUACACCAACCUUUUUCACAAUGGCAUCAAACUCAAUGUCUUCUUAUGGAUCUGGCUCAUGGACUGUUAAGCAGAACAAAGCCUUUGAGCGUGCUCUAGCAACCUAUGACCAAGACACUCGUGACCGUUGGUAUAAUGUUGCUAGAGCUGUUGGUGGAACAACACCUGAUGAAGCUAAGAGACAAUAUGAUCUUCUGGUACGUGACAUCGAAAUCAUCGAGAAUGGGCAUGUACCAUUCCCUAACUACACGACUACUGGAGGCAGAACCAAAGGCAGGCUGCGUGAUGAGGAAAAAAGGAUGAGAAACAUGAAGCUGCAGUAAAACAAGAAGCAACAAAGCCUAAACUAUUUAUGAGCCAAAAAGAAAACUAGGCAUAUCAUCAGUUUCAACAAAGUCUGACGAGUUUAUGUUUGUAUAUUUACUUCCCAUGUUUUCUCCAGCCUUAGAAUCUACUACUAGCUAGGGUUCUUCGUAAUGGGAAAGCAAAUUGUCUGAAUCAAUUAAAUGUUGAU